AGCACUAGUGGAGUCGGCUCAUUUUGACACUGCGAGCAGCAACACAGGCAUGCGUCAGUAUUUGCCGGAACGGAAGAACGACGAUCUUGGACCCACCAACACGAAUCGCAAGAACACGGUAUAUCGGACAACCGAACAGGAAUUUCAGGAAAGGAGAGAACGGCAGAUCGAAGGAACAAUCGAGUUGCUUGGAUCGGGUUGGAUUUGCUUGAAUUCGAUUCGAUUGGGUUGGGUUGGGUUGGAUUUGAUUUGAUUUGAUUUGAUUGAUUUCGACUCGGUUUGGUUGGAUGGGGUCGAAUAGAAUUGAAUUGAACCGAAUGGACCAGGAAGGAAUUGUCUGCACUAUCUUCUAUUGAAUGGGACUUGUUUCGACCCGACGGUAGCUCUUGCUCCAGAACGUCUUCACCGGUCGGUGGUUCUUAUCCGUGCAAGCCACCAGAAGCAACCGAAAUGGCCAGCCGCGGCGACGGGGACGGGGAGGAGGGGGACUCCCAUCCCAAGCUCUAUUAUGCGGUCCGGAGGGGCCGGUUCGUGGACGGGGCAGUUUAUUCGUCUUGGGAACAGGCCAAGAAGCAGAUCCUGGGGUACCCACGGGCCACGUACAUUGCGACUCCCACGAUGGCCCAGGCCUCGAGGUACGUCAACGGCUUUGGGGAAUUCUCCCGGGGGACCGCGGAAAGCGGGGGCGGGGCGGUUCCCGAAGGUAGCCAGCGCGAUGGUGAAUGUGGAAGCCAACGCGAUGGCAAACGCAGGCGCAAAGGCAAAGGCAAACGCGACGACAAACGCGACGACAAACACGAUGGUGGGUCUUCCGAAGGGAAUCACGAUUCUAGGCCGAGACGCAAGAGGCGCGGGGAUAAGCGCUUUGGGGCAAAAACGAGGCGGCUCUUGCUGGACUACUACCGAUUGUGCCUGGAGUCGGAAAAAGGUGGUUUGGGUGCCCCUCGGCAGCAGAAGAAUCAGCGAAAGGCCCCCACCGUUGAGGCCUUUUUGAGGGAACGGGGGGUGUUGGAGCGCAAGUACGACAUUUUCGUCAAGCACUGGCAGCGAUCGGGCCUGCUUAUCUGCAGCCACGAGUGCAUUCCCUUUUGGGAGGCUGCUUGCCGGUACGAUUUGUGGAUCGCCGAGCGGUACGGAACGGAAGAGGGCGAAGCAGACGAGAACGAGAGCGACAGCGAGAACAAAAACCAGAGCCUCGGCGACGGCCGAGCGCUCCCCACAAAAGCCACACAGCGCAAGCGCGCCGCCCGCUGGAGGUCAUCGCGGCAGAGGACCGCGGAGCAGCCGGUGGCGCGCGGGGCCCGGAGCGAAACCGACGCCGAAUGCAGCAUUGCGGCGACGACUACCACCAGCAGCGGGAGCAGCGAUGCCUAUUUCGAUUCCUCUUGCGGCGGGUCUCCCGCGAAACAAUCCGCUCGCAACGUGGCAAGAAAACGAAAAUCGUCGUCAGCAAGAGCAUCAACGAAAAGACAAACCACGAGAGCGCGGAAAGCUCCUCCCUCGUCGUCUUGCGCAACGGCGACUGCAACGGCUAAGCCGAAGCGAUCGAAGCCAAAGCUCCCCCUCCAGCCCGACCUCGAGGCCCUCCUUUCCACGGCAACGGUUGCACCCGGGUACGGGAAAAACGACGACAAGGUCGAGGAACACGACGAAGAAGAUUACGACGAGGAGUGGAACCGCCUGUACGAGCGGCUCGUUGCCUUCCACGGUUCCCACGGUCACUGCAAUGUCCCCAUGUCGGCCGACAAAGAGCUGGCCCACUGGGUCAGAUACAACCAUCGCCGGAUGCUGCCCGGCUCUGGGAGAGGAGGCGCUCGGUCGCUCACACGGAGGGAGGAAAAGCUUCUGAACGAGCUGAGCUUCAACCCGCGCUACGAAAAGACCGUUUCCGAGUUUGGCCGGUACCUGGGGCUCCGCGUGGCCAAGCUCUUCGACGUGGUCGGAGACGAGGACGACGACGGCGACAAGAACAACAACAACAACAACAACAACGGCAGCGGGGACCGCACCAAGGCAAUCCGGAUCGAAAGAAAGCCUUUCUUUGGGACGGUUUGCCGCAUCUCCAGCGUCUCCAACCGUGUAAGUCCUUUUGCUCGGAUUGAAUCGAUUUGAUUCGAUUCGAUUCUCUCCAGUGUUUGUUCGAUGUGUGCAUUCAAUACGUGCUUGUACUGCAUUGUUUUGCGUUUGUUUUGCAUCGCAUUCUUCCAAUCAGCCCCGUGUCUUGUCCCUCUUUUUUGUCUCGGCGUGUUCCCCCCGCUUCCGCGUCGUGCUGCACACCGGACCAAACCCAACCGAACUGUCUAGUACCUGCGGGUCCAGUACGAUGACGGAGACAGCGAAGACUACGACGAGGCCUGUCUGGGAGAGGGGCUUCGGGUCUAUGCACUGCACAAGCACGAUGAUCCACUCUUCCACAAACAAUCCACAGGCAACGUCACCAAGGAGAACAACGACAACAACAACAACAACAACAACAACAACAAGGGCACGAACAUGGGCAAGGAAAACAGCACCACCACCAACAACAAUGCGUCUCUCGUGAGUAGCAGCAGCAGUAGCAACAGUAGCAAAAGCCUCGGAAAGGAAGGAAACCCAGGCCAAAAUGACGGAUUAAAACCAGUUGCAGAAAAAAGCAACGGAGAGGGCAUAGUUUCUCUGGUGAGUAGCAGCAGCGUCCGAAAGGAAGGAAGGCCCGACCAAAAUGCAAACCCGCUGAAAGAAACACGCAACGAAGAAGGCGUUGCUUCUUGCAGCAGCAAAGUCAGCAGCCUUCGGAAGGAAGGCAGCCCCGACCAAAAUACCCGGGCAACUCCAGAGAAGAAGAUGGCUUUCGAGAAAGAAGCCAUAGCGGGCGAUUCCGUUCGCGUCGGCGGCAGUGAUGGCAACAAGAGCCCCGGUUCACGCCCUAGUGGUGAACAUCAACAACAACAGCACCAGCCGGACAAACAUUUCGAUGGAACGAAUGGGCUGCAACAGCAAGAACAAGAACAACAACCGGACCAAAAAUCUGACGGAUCGCUAGAGACCGCAGCAGAUCCGGAACCACCAACCCUCGGCACCGAAGAAGCCGUUGGGGAGACCAACGGGACCAGUCCUGGCACUAGCGACAACGAAAGCAGACCUCAAGGCGGCGAUCGGUCAGGCGCCGACGCCGAUGGCAGCACCAUCGAUAACGACGACGACAGCGACGUGGUGUUCGUCGAGGUGGUGAGACCCUACGGGAUCACAACCAGCUUUGGCCAUGAUUUGGUCGUCACGAAAUCGGAGGUUUUCGAUUUUUGACAAACAGGGCACAAGCGGGCAGCAACGCUGACCGAAUGUGGCGAUCGAACGGAAGACUACCAAAGCCUCGUGACAAGAAGGGGGAGGGGGAACGACACGAAAGCAAUCCAUAUCGAACGAGUAACUGCAUCGCACCGGUGCAGUUUGAUGGAGGGGCCAUUCAUAGCUUCAACUUGGUAAUCUACAAUUUCUAUAAC